UUUUCAUCCCAGGUAGCGAGCGUAGCCAAUUAGAGUUGAUGUUACUCUGAAGUUAAACGUUUCAGUCUUCGUCGCUCUUCAGUCGAAAAACGAGACGGGAAACCGAGUAAGUGAACUUGAACAAGGCAAACUAAAAUUGGAAACCAAAAACGGAUCAAGGGGUCAAAACAACUGCUAAAUGAAUAUUCUUUAAGACAGAUCUGUUUUUCUGAACUACACGAGAUCAAGAUUUACACCUUCGGUGAAGACAUUCACAAAUAAAUUUAGGAAAAAUUCCUGCUAUCCUACAGGUGAAGGGGCACCUCAUCCAAAUGUAGGAAUAAAACAAUGUCUGCAAGCGGUAAUAUGUAAGCAAUCAUUAAAGAGAAGAGACUUAUUGUGGAAGAAAGAGAUUCAAUUUGAUUCUUUAUUAAUAAGCGAGCUGAAGGAACUGGAAGAAACAUCAUCAAUGUCAGAAACAUCUUCGCGUAAUGGAAAUUGACACUGGAGAGCUUCCAUACCCAUGUACUCAGUGUGGAAAGAGUUUUACUAAAAAAUCUAGUCUAAGUAUCCACGUGAGAAUUCAUUCUGGAGUGCGCCCAUUCACAUGUACUCAGUGUGGAAAGAGUUUUACCAAAAAAAAUACUCUUACUAUCCACAUGAGAAUUCACACAGGAGAGCGCCCAUUCACAUGUACUGAGUGUGAAAAAUGUUUUAGUAAUAAAUCAGCUCUUAAUAUGCACACAAGAGUUCACACAGGAGAGCGCCCAUAUCCAUGUUCUCAGUGUGACAAGAGUUUUAGAAAGAAAGAAAAACUUACAAAUCACAUGAGAAUUCACACUGGAGAGCGCCCAUACCCAUGUCUUCAGUGUGGAAGGAGUUUCAGAAUGAAAGAAAAACUUACAGAACACAUGAGGAUUCACAAUGGAGACUCCCAGUACACGUGUCUUCCGUGUGGAAAGAGGUUCACUCGAAAAUAUAAUCUUGAUUCCCACAUGAAAAUUCACACUGGAGAGCUGCAAUUCUCAUGUCCUAAAUGUGAAAAGAGUUUCAUGACGAAAGCAAAUCUUAUGAUGCACAUGAUGAUUCACACUGGAGAGCGCCCACACAAUUGUCUUCAGUGUGAAAAGAGCUUCAUGACGAAAGGAUGUCUUGCGAAUCACAUGAUAAUUCACACUGGAGAGCGGCCAUACAUUUGUCUUCAGUGUGAAAAGAGUUUCAAGAGGAAAGGAUGUCUUACGAAGCACAUGAAAGUUCACUGUGUAAAGUGCCCAUCCAUGUCUUAGUGUGGAAAGAGUUUAAUUUAUUUUAGUAUGAAGAGAAAAUGCAGCAUACAACCUAUGGACUGCAUGCCCCUUAUCCUGCUGUAAAGAGCUUUCCUUUGUUUUGAAAAUUUAGAUUUUUUUGUAUUUCUUUUCCUUAGUAGAUGCAUACCUUGUGCAAGGUUUUGCACUAUUUCUUUACCUUUUGCAAGCUAUUUAAAAAAAAUUGUAUCAGUCGACUUGGGCAGAAAAGCGGUUGGAACAUGUCCCAACCAUCCAACCUGCAUAUUACGCCUGCUGUGCAAGUACGAGGUAUUAUCAAUAAAUAAGACACACCAUUGUUGACCUUGGUGGGAUAGCACUUUACCGAAACAAUUUAGGGCAAUUCAAAUACCCAUAAACUCUCCCAUAAACUGUAAUAAAUUCUACAUGGAUGAAUCUAAAUACUCAUGUUUCGUAUCAUUUGAAAUAUCUUGAUUGAUUGAUUGAUUGAUACAAUGGUCUCAUCUCUACGACAGUAGAGCGGAUCAUAACAAAGGUUUGAGAGUUUAAGAAUAUUCUGGUCACUGUGUGCUUCAUGGGGUCUUUCAUCUUUGUAAUACUUAUCAAGAACCUUAUCAGUGUAAAUACCUCAACGUUUGGGGGAAGUGUACUUUGGUCUAAGUAUUUAUGGAGAACUGGCAGAAGGUUCAGAGGGAUUUUGUAGCUAGAUGAAUUGGUGUUGUUGGUGAAUGUUGGUGUUCCUUCUCUGGGAAAUAAAUUGUUAAUUCUUAAUCGC